UGUCAUCUGAAAGAUUAUAUUAUCACAGGUGAAAUACAGUCGAAACACACCUAAGCCGGCAAGAAACAUUUUUCUUCCGGAGCCAUAAGCCGGCAAAGAUCGAAAUCUUUCCAGAGCCAUAAGAGAAAACUACUAGACAACUAAAAACGAUUUACAAGAAACUCUAAUACAUAAGCCAAAAUCCAAAACAUAAGCGAAGGAGUAGCGUUGAUGAUUGCAGUCCAAAACGCAGAGCACAUCGAUCUCCAAACGAAGGAUAGAGACAGGUCCAAGAGACUUCAUAGAGAGGGGUAGGGAACCUGAAAAAGAUUCCUAUCCAAAGAGCCAAAACAUAAGGGUGGAGGAUCCUCAAAGUUCCCGCAGCAACGAUCCGGUACUUACAUCAGUCCGUCCAUAUAGUAACAUAGGUGAGCCCAAAUGGAUCUUCAAGGGAGACACGAAUACUGAAGCACUCCAAAGAAACUUACACACUGAACAUGGCUAAAUAAGAGUUCUUGUAAACCAUCUAAAACCGAAGAUGGUUGCUACCUCUAUAUAGAGCCCUUUUAACGCGUAAAAGACUCAAUACUUUUUGAACAAAAAAGACUUAAUAUUUAGAAUUUUAAAAAGAAUGAGUUUGACGCUAAAGCUUCUGUUUCUCCUUCUACUUCUUUUUGUCUGGAGUCAGCAUGUUGAUUCUGGCUCUAUCGUCAAGUUUCUUCCCGGUUUUGAAGGUCCUCUUCCUUUUGAGCUUGAAACGGGGUACAUCGGUAUUGGUGAGAAAGAGGAUAUACAAUUGUUCUACUACUUCAUCAAAUCUGAGAAGAAUCCAAUAGAAGAUCCUCUUCUUAUUUGGUUAAAUGGUGGACCUGGAUGCUCUUCUCUCCUAGGACUUCUUUUUGAGAAUGGACCUCUGGCUUUUAAGUUCGAGGUUUACAAUGGAAAUCUCGCUUCUUUGUUCUCUACUACAUAUUCAUGGACACAGGUGGCUAACAUACUAUUCUUGGAUCAACCUGUUGGAUCUGGCUUCUCCUACUCAAGAACUCCACUUGAUAAAACUAGUGACACAAAUGAAGUUAAGAUGAUCCAUGAGUUUCUUCAAAAGUGGCUAAGCAAGCAUCCACAGUUUUUCUCCAACCCGUUUUACGUUAUCGGAGAUUCUUAUUCCGGUAAGAUUGUUCCAGCACUCGUUCAGAAAAUCUCAAAAGGAAACUAUAUAUGUUGCAAACCUCUAAUCAAUCUACAGGGUUAUGUGCUCGGAAACCCAGUAACAUAUCCUGAAUUUGAGUUAAACUAUCGUAUUCCAUUUUCUCAUGGAAUGUCAUUAAUCUCUGAUGAACUAUACGAGUCAUUGAACAGAAAUUGCAAAGGAGUUUAUGAAAAUGUGGAUCCACGUAAUACAAAGUGUUUGGAACUUGUUGCAGAAUACCAUAAGUGCACUGACAAAAUAAAUCCACAUAAUAUACUAUUGCCAGAUUGCGAUAACGAUGGAAAUUCGGAAAAUAUAUCUCCUGAUUGCUAUUAUUAUCUAUAUUAUCUUAUUGAAAGCUGGGCCAACAACGAGAGAGUUCGUGAAGCUCUCCAUGUUCAAAAGGGGACUAAAGGACAUUGGAAGCGAUGUAACAGAACUAUUCCGUACAGUCCCGACAUUAUAAGCAGCGUACCUUAUCAUAUGAAUAACAGCAUCAGCGGAUACCGGUCUCUUAUUUAUAGUGGUGAUCAUGACAUGACGGUGCCUUCCAUAGCAACUCAAGCCUGGAUCAAAUCCCUCAAUUACUCCAUCAUUGAUGACUGGAGGCCUUGGAUGAUAAAAACUCAAAUUGCUGGAUACACGAGAACUUAUUCCAAUAAGAUGACAUUUUCUACUAUCAAGGUAAGUCUUCUUCGUUUUGAUUAUAGGGAAGUGGACACACGGCAGAGUAUAAACCAAACGAGACAUUUAUUAUGUUUCAAAGGUGGAUCAGUGGUCAGCCUUUGUAAUAGAGACUCAUGGCUUUGAAGCGCAAUUUUUUAUACUAUGAAAGACUCAUUUUGAAAACGCUCAAUGCAGAUACUCUUGUAUGUUUUUUUUAUUGCAUCUACAUUUUUCAUAACCUUUUUCGGUGCUAUGCACAUUUUUCAUCAUCAAUCCAUGAAACAUUUAUAUGAUAGAUUACCGAUUUGCUUGCCUACUUA